AUGCACGCGACAGUUUGCAGCUUGAGGCUGCUCGGUGCGCCGGGCAAGAUUGCGAGACAUGCGGGGAGGGUGCCUUCUUGGUCGGCUUCGCUCCUGUCUGGGUCGCGCUCAUUCCAUGCAUCUGCGAGCUUGCGGGUCGUUGAUCUUGCGUACAAGCUUCACGAUAACGGCGGAAAAGCUACAGGCGACCCGAUUGUGAUCAUCCACGGUCUGUUUGGCAGCAAGAGGAACAACCAGAGCGUCAGCAAUGUCUUUGCCCGCGAACUGUCGCGCCCCGUCUACGCGAUCGACACGCGCAACCACGGCGAGUCGCCCCAUGACAAGACACAUAACUACGUCGCCCUUGCCGAAGACGUCGAGGCCUUCCUCAAGAAACACAGCUUGAAGAAUUCCACCCUCAUCGGCCACUCCAUGGGCGCAAAGACGGUCAUGGCAAUGGCGCUGCGCAACCCAGACUGCUGCGCCAACAUCAUCCCCGUCGACAACGCCCCCGUUGACGCCGCCCUCUCCUCCGACUUCCCUAAAUACGCCGAAGGCAUGAAGAAAGUGGAAGAAGGCCAGCCCAAGAGCCAGAAGGCCGCAGACGAGAUCAUGCAGCCCUACGCCCCCGACCUGCCCGUCAGGCAGUUCCUGCUGUCGAACCUGGUCCGCCCGGCGCCCGGACAGCCCAUGCAGUGGCGCAUACCAGUUGGCAUUCUGGCCAAGUCGCUCGACAACAUGGCAGACUUCCCGUUCACAAACCCCGAUCAGCACAUGUUCAGCAAGCGUGCGCUCUUCAUCCGCGGCACUAGGAGUCACUACGUUAGCGACGAGACGCUGCCGAUCAUCGGCCGCUUUUUCCCGCGCUUCGAGCUCGUUGACGUAGACUCCGGGCACUGGGUGAUUAGUGAGAAGCCGGAGGAGUUCAUCAAGGCGGUUGUCGAUUUCCUCAAGGAAGAGCAGUAA